AUGGGACGUUUGCCAGUUGGAAAGGCUACUGGUCAUGUUUUGGCCAGUCAAAGUGCGGAUAUUGACUUAAAUCGGUUCUACGUUACAGCUUAUUCGACAAAUUAUAAUAAAAAAGAAUUCGAACCAAAACCUGGUCGACACAUUGGGACUGGUUACGCUAGUAAUCUAAGGUCUGCAAUAGGAUAUAGUAAAAAAUUGGAUGAUGUUGACAAUCCAGCUAUGGGACAAAUACUUGUGGAUGCUUACGCCAGUGGAACAUUAUUAAGAGAUUAUAAGGGAUCUGUUCUGGCUGAUGGCAAAGAAGCAUUACCUAGUAUCCAUAUGCAAACUUUGAGUGGUUUCGCGAAAGAUAUUCCAAAAACAUUAACAGUCAGUAAAGAGGUUAAACAGUCAUUCUUUGAUACCGAUGGAUCUAGCAGUUUAUUGCCUAAGCAUCGAGCUCUCCUCUCAACACUCAAAAAGCAUGAUCCAAUUCGCGAUGAAAAUGAGGGCUAUGGCCCUGGUUACAUGAAAUCAGAAACCCUUGCCAAAUUUCAGGGACAAUCUCUACGUAGAGCUAAUACGGCUGAUAGUACUAUCGGUCGUAAAGAAUUAUCUGGUUUCUCCAAAGCAUUUACGACGGAACCAAUUACCUUUAGGGCAUACACCGCUAAGGGGAAAGAAACAUUCCCAUCUAUUGCAAGCCGUGGUCGACGUUCAGAUGGCUAUACUGAAGGGACAACGACCAAGAACGUGUAUUUGGAAAACAGUAAUUUUCAUGGAUUUACUGAUCAAGAGGAUCUCCAUCCCAAAGUCAGAGACUAUUUAAAAAAGAAGGAUCCUCUAGAAUACGUUAACAUCACGAAUCCUACCAGGAAUAUAAAUUUGAACAAGAUCCAAUUUGAUGGCAGAUUGGUUCGAGACAAGUCUAAUAGUGAAAAAAUUGGUCUUGUUAAAUAUGGCAACAAGGAACUAUCUGGAUUUACAACUAAUAAUAUAUCGAAAAUUAACAAUUUCGAUAGAGCAAAUGCCGCAGAGGGUUUUUUGACUACUUACAACGCCAAGUUUAGGAACGUGAAUUCAGGGAAAAAUUUUUCGCAGAGAUCUCCUGCCAAUAUUAAUCCAGCAAAGCCUGAUGGAUACACCAAAAGCAUCCAGGUUCACAAGAGUUCCGAUACAACAGCUGCGCUUCGGAAGUUGAAUCCUUAUGUCGCAAGGAGUAUCAAGCGUCGGGAUCCUUAUUAUGAUGAUCAUGUCUAUGAUCAUAAAAUACGUAGAAAGUAA